AUGGUGAACCCAACAGCUGUUUUUCUUCCACUAUAUCUUUAUCCUUAUAAUACCUCUUGGGAUAGCGUCGCGAAGUCAAUUGCGUUGCAUCCGGGUGUUAAUUUCCAAGUUGUCGUCGCUCCAAAUCUUGCGAAUGUCGUUCCAGACAUCAACUAUGUUACACACCUUCAGAUACUCAACAACUAUACCAAUGUACAAACGCUGGGAUAUGUAUCCACGACCUGGGCUACGCGGAACAUUACAACUGUGCAAGAGGAGAUAAAAUCCUAUGCGUCGUGGACGAACUACACCACUGCCAACAUUCGAGUUUCAGGUAUCUUUUUUGAUGAGGCACCUUCAGCGAACACCACAGAAAACAUAUCUUACAUGGCAGGCGUGACAGCUUUCGCAAAAGCUUUACUGCCACCCAGUCGCAACAAAGUUGUAUACAACCCUGGGGUCAACGUCGAUGAGUCUUGGUUCAAAUUGGCAGAUGAGAUCAUUAUCUAUGAAAAUACUUGGGCAGCAUUCAACUCGACUCAAUUGAGCAGGAUACCCGAAAAAAUACAGAACAAAUCGGUUUACCUGAUUCACAAUUUUACAGGAGAUAGUGAUCUGCAAGAGGAUCUUGUGAGCAACCUUACAGAUCACGACCUAGCCGGUGUAUUCGUGACUACGCGAGACGGAUAUACAUCAAUAUCUGCGUUGUGGGAUGACUUCUGCGAGGCUAUAGACCAAUCUAUCUCGGACGACAACGAUAAUAACGAAAAUGAAGACGACGAUGAAGGAGAAACUGGAGACGAGGAUGAAGAUAACGAGGAAGACGACGACGAGGACGAAGAUGGAGAGGAUACUGAGGAAGAAGAUGAUGAUGGUGAUGAAGAGGCGGAAUGCGAGAUCGAUGGAAGUGGUGAAUACUUCGAAGUAAAGCGCCAUUGA